GUUGCUUUUCUUCUCUUUACACUUCUAAGCUCUCUUGUGAAGCAAGGCUAAGCAUGUUCGCAAACAUCCCUUCUCUUCCAAAACAUCAAUAUCAUAAAGUCUUCGUCGUUUUUUUUUCUGUUCAACUUUUGAAGAAAUAUAUUGAUUUACUCUGGAGAUGAUGACUAGCUUACCAAAUUAUCAUGCAUGCCAAUACUGCCAGAAACUUUUGAUAGACCUCAAUAAUAAGCAGCCUCCCGGCGAUAUUAUCACAGACUACUGGAAUACAACAGAAGGGAUAUUCUUCUUCGAUGCGACUUUACAGGAUGUCCUUGAAGGUGCUUCCCGUCAUUGUCACUUAUGCAAAUGGCUUGAUGGUGCAUGGGAGAAACGCCACGGUGAUCAAUACAAGAUGCUUGCGAAAGUCCCUACUGGCCGCAUAACUAUUUGUGCCGAUAGUUAUAGUAUGUCCCUAACUGAUCGCUACCCAUUCGAUGAGUUAUCAUUCAUAGGUCUAUGGGAGCAUGGUGUGCCAGUGAACCCUGAGUUGGGCAAAUGCCGAAUCAGAAGCCCAUACAGCCUAGAUGUCUUUACAACAGAGGAUGACCCAGCAAGCCAGUUCAUUUUGACCCGCCCUAUCAAUUGUCGACCAGGUACGGCAGAAAAUCUAGCAUUGGCCCGAGGCUGGCUAGAAGGGUGUUUAGAUUCACAUCCUGAAUGCCGUACAGAACAAAGCUCUAUGCCUUCACGAAUUCUUCAUAUAGAGAAGGUCGAGGGUUUAGAUAAAUUUGAUAUUAACCUUGAACCGACUUAUGAUAAGGUGGAACCGUAUGUAGCACUUAGCUAUUGCUGGGGAGGUGAUCAGGCUUGCAAGACUACAAAAUCACGUAUGAGAUCAGGCAACCUAAGCAUCCCAUACGAUAAACUUGCCCAAUCUAUACAAGAUGCUAUUGAAGUAACUUCAGGACUGGGUUUGAAAUACCUCUGGGUCGAUGCUCUAUGCAUCAUCCAAGAUGACGAGGGAGACAAGAUUGAACAGAUCGCCAAUAUGCCUUGGAUCUAUAAUCAAGCAUGUGUCACAAUUGUUGCAGCACGGUCGGAUCGCGCAAGCAGGGGAUUUCUAGACGAUAUUGACUUAGUUCAAAGCACGAGGCUUGCUGUAAGGCUUCCAUUCCGUUGUCCAGACCAACACGGCACCUUGGGCUCGGCAUAUAUCACUUACAUAGACGAUAGCCGAGAAUCCGAGCCCAUCCAUUCUCGGGCGUGGACGCUACAGGAGCGAUAUCUAUCUAAUAGAUAUAUAGAGUUUGGUAGAAAUCAGAUGCGUUGGGUAUGCGCGUGCUCUGGAAUAAAGGAUGGCUAUUGCGACGGUUGGAAGCGCGAGGAUCCAGACAAUACUACUCACGUAAUGUACAUCUACCGCGAGCUUCAGCGAGAUAUUGAAGUGAUGAACUUGAGAAGGUUAAGCGAAGAGUGGAUUGCCGAUUGGAUAAAGGGACGAUGGGAAACUAUCGUUAACCAUUAUACUCCACGCAAGCUCUCCGUUCCAACCGAUCGCAGUCUUGCGAUUUCAGGGAUCGCACACGUAUUUGGAACUCAUAUGAAAGACGAUUAUUUGGCGGGGCUAUGGAAAACAACUCUGCCAAGUUUCCUAUGUUGGCAGGCGACUCUAGGCGAGCACGGAUACCUUCCACGUCCAGUCCAUUAUCAAGGCCCUUCGUGGUCCUGGACAGGUAUAAACAGCCCAAUUAGCUUUCUACUCGCCCGAUCCUGCUAUCAGAAUUGCCGCGCAGAGCUUCUUGACGCUGAUAUUGAGCUGGUGAAUAUAAAUGCAAGAUACGGGUCGGUCCGACAGGGCAUUUUAACACUGAGAGGGCGAUUGAGGGAAGUUAUCUGGUAUAAAAAUACGACUGGGGGUAUAUUGAAGCUCCGGCCAAGAGGGGGUUCCGAGGUUGGUGACCCCAAUGAGGCGAUUUUGAUGAAACUUAUAACCGUCUUCCCGGACACGAAUGAAUUUGAAGGGAGUGCGCAAAAAUUGAGCGAAAUUGAGGUCUCAUUAUUUGAGAUUGGUAACUGCGUUGGAUUGAAUAGACGUGGGCCGCUCGGUCUCAUUCUCCGCGCGAUGCCUUGCGAUACGACUCGUUUGUGUACGCGAUUUACACGUUUGGGUCUAUUCCACAUCAAUACAAAAUCCAAAAGUCGAGCAAAAGAGGACACGAGUAACACGAGGGUGAUGGGCGCUUAUUCAACUAUAGAAUGUGUGGACUUGUUUGAAAAGGUCAGACCGGAGAUUGUUGAAAUUGAAUAGGAGUAAUGAGAAGUAAAACAUAUAAGAAUCAAGAUGGCCUACAUUCCAAAAUU